GAGCUCAGUUGCCCACAAGGUGUUGAGGAGGCAGGACGUUUCUCUGACGCGGUGGCCCGUACUUCUCGCUCCCCUUUUCUCAUUCUCUCUCUCUCUCCCUCCUUCGUUCUCAUUUUCUCUCCUCCUCCACCGAACGGAAGGAGAGAGAGAGAAGAACGAAUCUGUUUGCCGACACUGAGGUCCUGACGGCAGAGUCCCGAACUCGCUGAAGAUAUAUAAACUUUUCUCCUUUGCCAGCGGACGGAGGGUGUGACUGGCCGGACGGGGAGCGCGCUGACCCGAGUGUUCUGCAGGUGCUGCUGGUCGUGGGGUGCUGCACGCCCCCCCGACCCCUUCCCCUUCCCCUCCAUCUUGCAGCCGUGCAACAUGAGGCUCCUCCUCCUCCUCAUCGCCUCCGUGUGCGUCGGUGGAGGCGGCGCCAUCUGCGUGCUGGACACCAAGUAUGGCUGGAAUAUUGAGUGCGGGGUCAGGGACUCCUAUCUCUUCAGGAUCAAGGAUAUGGGUGGAUUUAAAGCAAACUUUGAUUUCGGCUUCGGCUUCGGGAACGAAAAGGGCUUCCCGCAGUCCAUCAAGAACACGAACGCUCUCCCGCAUCGCAGAUCGGACACCCUCGAGGACGGCGCGGAGGAGGCAGAGGCGGGAGAGAGAGCGGACACGCUGCCGGAUGCCCCCGCCUUCGGCCUGGUCCCUCCACCUCUCCCCCUCCGCCGCCAGAGUGACCAGAACCCACCCCGUCCGCGCCCACAGAGCGCCCCCCAGCACUUCGCCGCGCGGCCUCCCCAGGGGCGCCGCCCGCUCCGCCCGCAGUCCCCUGGCGGUAACCGGCCGGGCCGACGCCCCCUGCGCACGCCCGACGGGAGACCCGUCUUCUUCCGGCCGGUCCCGACGCCGCCUUCAUUCGCGCAGCCGCCCACGCAGGUCAUCGUCACGCACGUGCCUGCGCCGGCGCCGCCCACGCCCUCGCCCUCCGCGGCGCCCACCGUCGGACCCACCAUGGGCGAACUCCUCAAGGUGAAUGCGGACACCCCUGCGGACACGGACCACGUUCCGUCGUUCGCCGCCAAGACGUUCGUGGUCCGCGAAGCGCCGCCGGAGUUCCACCCCCCCGGCUACGAGGCGGCGGUCGUGUUCCCGAGCGUGGCCAAGCAGGUCGAGGUUCCGCGGACCAAGUUCUUCUGCGAGGAGCAGAGCUACCUCCCGGGCAUCUACGCCGACGUCCAGCUCGGCUGCAAGGUGUUCCAUCUGUGCCUGCCCGCCGCCAUGGGCAACACGCUGACCAGCUUUAUGUGCCCCAACAUGACGCUCUUCGACCAGUCCAUCAUGCAGUGCAACUACUGGUACAACGUUAACUGCGCGUCGUCGCCUAACCACUAUGACGCGAACCUGCCGAUGGCGCUCAGCUACCGCAAGAUCAACGCGGCGCAGCUACCGCUGACCGCCGUGCGCGACCUCGGCAGCGUGGCGCUCAUGGGGCUCGACGCCGCCUUUAACGCCGGCCAGAACGCGGCAGUGCCGGGCGCCGACAUCACGGAGAACUUGGCGUUCAGGCGAAGGGCGGGCGAGGCGGCGGGCCCGAGGGAGGGCAGAGACAGCCCGACUGACGGGCGGCAGGACGUCCUCGCCCUCGCCGACGGCACGCCGCGGCGCCCUCGCACGCUCGACUUCGAGGACAAAGGCGGAAAGGAGACGAGGGACAAGAAGAAGAAGGCCGCGAGCGCAGCCGGCGGAGAGAAGGCAGGGGGCGAAGGACCCGCGGCGGACGGAGCGAAGGAGACGCCAGCGAAGGAAGGAGGCAAGGCGGAGGGAGGCAAGCAGCAGGAGAGCCCAGGGAGACGGCGGCGGUCGGCGGCGGCGCCUCCGCUUAUCAUGCGCUUGUACAGACUGCAGUGACGGCAAGCGGACAUGACACACAAGAUUAGGCAAACCAGCCAGUGAAGUGAAACAAAUGCUGAGUGCAUCAAAAAAAAAAAAAAAAAAAAAAAAAAGCCCCGCCAGCCGCUCUGACGUCGGACAGAAGGACCGGGUCGGCGCUGGCGCGGCGUCAUUGCUCACUCCCUUUUAUGGACUCAGGCACAUGUACUUGGCGAUAGUGUGUUCGCGGACACCAGUUUACACUUGAUAUUGUUGUUUUUUUAGCAUUGAACUGCAAAUCAAAGAGGGAAGGUGGGGGGCCGCUGGACGGAGAGCCUUUCACCGGGGGUCGCAGCGGGCCUGCAACUCUCGCCUCUACGCUUCAGUUGCAGGUCGACAUCCUGCAUGUUUCUGUUGAGGUGUGCGCGAGAUCACUUGACAAAUCUGUAUCCAUAUAUAUAUAUAUAUAU